ACGCCGUCUUUAGCGACCAGGAUGGCUUUGACAUUUCUGACUCCUUCAUCCAUCAACAACGCGCGUGCCGCUGGUGUAUCGAAUCGCUUCAACGUCCACCAUCGUGCUCUAUCACUUCAAACACCCAUUUGACGCGACAUUUCCAUCUCUGCGACCUUAAAUCUCGACGCUUUUCAAAAUGCCUGGUGGAAAGGGAAAGUCUAUCGGCGGCAAGGCUGGUUCAAAGGACUCUGCGGGGAAGGCUCAGAAGUCCCACAGCGCAAAGGCCGGUCUGCAGUUCCCUUGUGGUCGUGUUAAGCGUUUCUUGAAGAACAACACGCAAAAUAAGAUGCGCGUUGGCGCUAAAGCCGCUGUCUAUGUUACCGCCGUGUUGGAGUACUUGACUGCUGAAGUUCUCGAGCUUGCCGGAAAUGCCGCCAAGGACCUCAAGGUCAAGCGUAUCACCCCCCGCCACUUGCAGCUUGCUAUCCGUGGAGACGAAGAGUUGGACACUCUCAUCCGCGCCACCAUCGCUUUCGGUGGUGUCUUGCCACGCAUUAACCGUGCGCUGCUGCUGAAGGUGGAGCAGAAGAAGAAAAACAAGACUGAGGCUUAAUUUACGGCGGAUACCCCACGAAUAUGGCGUUUGAAAUGAUGACGAUUGAAAAGGACUCCGGGAUAUGUCUGUUACAGCGAUCGACCUUUAGCUGGUUCUAAUUCAACUCCGACCAGUGACAAAAGAAAAAAGAAACAUUCAAAGAGGAAAGGGAGAACUGGAUGAAUAAGCAUCUUUCAUGACAGGGAUUUCCAACAGACGCAUCCCCAAUCUCUACUCUUCCCUACCCUACGACGCUGCAGUUCGCGAUUCUUUUCUCUCUGGUGCUCUGUUUUCCUCUUAUCUGCUCCGUUCAUACCGUUUGUCUCGAAAUACCAGGGCGCUGUAAUGGGAAAAGGGUGAUAUCUUGGUAGUGGGCUUAUUUUCGAUUUAUUUUCAACUUUCCUGUUUCCCUAUUGUUUCUCCCCUAUUCUUUUUUUCCCAGUGAACUUUUAUUCUAAUUGAUUGACGGUGUUGAGUGCUUCCGAAUUAUCCACCUCAGUUACCAUUACCACGAUGUCUCUCUUGAACUUGACGGACUUGUAUUGUACGAGUAUAGUUUGCUCUUUCGCGAGAAGCUAAAUAAAAGAUAAAGCCAGGCCAUACUCUCCCGGUA